AGACCAAAAGAUGCUGACGUCCUUAAAAUUGGAUCUGUGAAUUUCACCCUGUCGCCCAACAGAGAGUCUGAGACAAUCAUGGGUGUGUGCCCCAACAACUGCACGAAAAACAUCCUUUUGGGGCCCAUCUACGUCAUUUCCGCUACACAUUACAUGCACCUGGCGGGUAGGUUUUCAAAUACGAAAUGUUUAUACAAAGAACCGUUGCUGCUGUGUAUACUCAAGAGAGAUUAUAAUCCGAUGAGGGGGAUACAAGCAAGAGUUUGGAAAACUAUGAAAGAAACUGGGGAUUAAAACGGCAAAAAAAGAUUGAGUUUUAUAAAAUUCUCAUGAUUAAAAUUAAAGUAAUAAUUUGGUCUUAUUAAUGACACGUUAAGCUCUUGAGUUUGAAUCUUAAUAUGGUGUGGGAAUUACACAAAGUCCACCGAACGAAUACAACAAAUUAUUUUAUUUGAGCCAAGGGAUUUAUCCGUUUGAUGAAACUAGUUGGUUAAUCCCACCCAGGGAAAGCCGAGACAUUGCCACCCCACGCCACCCCCCCUCUAAGUUAAAAUUCUACAAUUGUCCGAAAAUGCCGCCCCUCAUUAAAAAGAAAAAAGUGCCGCCCGGGCCAGGAUGCCCCCCCCCCCCUCAACUCACCCCUACUUACGCCAGUGCAUACAAUGAUCUAGAUUCACGUGUAUGUUUAAUGAAAGUGGUGAGAAUUUUCAAGGGUUUAAAACCAUUGCAUUUAAAUAUACACGAACGUUAAAACAGUGAGACAAAAAUCACUGUAAUUAACUAUUGAUGCAAAAAUAUAUCAAGUACAUGAAAUUAAUCUCUUACAUAAAAUAUUGUACCUACAUAAAUAUAGUGCUUACACCAUUGUACAUGCAUAGGAUAUCCCGCAGACAUUGCAUUGUAAAAAUACGUAUUACGUUUGAGCUUACGUUCGAUGUCGUUCCGUUCUCAGGAAGGAAGAUGAGUAUCACGAUCAAACGUGACGAUAUGUUGAUCACAGUCACCAAUGAGCCUACCUACUCGUACUACAGCCCCCAAGUCAUUACCUUGUAA